AUAUUAUGGUAACUACUUUUCUUAUAUACUCAACACUCUCUCUGCACUCCCCUACUGUCACUCUAUUCUCAAUGUACACUCAUUAAACAAACCUAACAAACAUUUAUUCAUCCAUGGCUUCACGGAGACUGUUAUCAUCUUUUCUCCGUUCCUCCACGCGUCGUUCUCUCAGGCCCUCAUUCUCGAACCCUAGGCCUUCUUUUCUAACCUCUUAUCAAUCCUCGUCUGCCAGCAUUUUGCGACGCUAUGCUACAGCAGCUCCAGCGAAGGAGCCAGCUGCGGCGAAGCCAGCAGGGACAGCGGGGGCAGGGAAGGGGACUAUUACUGAUGAGAAGACGGGAGCUGGCGCGAUAGGGCAGGUGUGCCAGAUUAUUGGUGCAGUUGUGGAUGUUAAAUUUGAAGAUGGAUUGCCACCGAUUAUGACGGCGUUGGAGGUGAUUGAUUUCGAGAUCAGGCUGGUGCUUGAGGUGGCGCAGCAUUUGGGGGAGAAUACGGUCAGGACUAUUGCUAUGGAUGGUACUGAAGGCCUUGUUCGCGGCCAGAAAGUUCUUAAUACUGGCGCUCCUAUCACUAUACCUGUUGGCAGGGCAACACUUGGUCGUAUUAUAAACGUUAUCGGAGAACCUAUUGAUCAUAGGGGCGAAAUAAAAACUGAACAUUAUCUUCCCAUCCAUCGUGAAGCUCCCACUUUUGUCGAUCAAGCAACAGAACAACAGAUCCUUGUCACUGGAAUCAAGGUUGUAGAUUUACUUGCUCCAUACCAGAAAGGAGGAAAGAUUGGCCUAUUUGGUGGUGCUGGUGUGGGGAAGACGGUUCUUAUUAUGGAACUUAUUAACAAUGUGGCCAAGGCUCAUGGUGGUUUCUCCGUGUUUGCUGGUGUUGGUGAGCGUACUCGAGAGGGCAAUGACUUGUACAAGGAAAUGAUGGAGAGUGGUGUUAUAAAACUUGGUGAUCAGCAGGCUGAAAGUAAGUGUGCCCUUGUGUAUGGUCAAAUGAAUGAACCCCCUGGUUCUCGUGCUCGUGUUGGACUUACUGGUCUAACAGUAGCUGAGCACUUCCGAGAUGCUGAGGGGCAAGAUGUCCUUUUGUUCGUUGACAACAUUUUCCGCUUUACUCAGGCCAAUUCUGAGGUGUCUGCCUUGUUGGGUCGUAUCCCUUCUGCUGUUGGUUACCAACCGACUUUAGCCACGGAUCUUGGAGGCCUUCAAGAGCGUAUUACAACAACAAAGAAAGGAUCCAUCACAUCUGUUCAAGCUAUAUAUGUGCCAGCUGAUGACUUGACGGAUCCUGCACCUGCCACCACAUUUGCCCAUUUGGAUGCCACCACUGUGUUGUCUCGACAGAUUUCUGAGCUUGGUAUCUAUCCUGCUGUGGAUCCCCUCGAUUCAACAUCACGUAUGCUUACUCCCCGAAUCUUGGGUGAAGAGCACUACAAUACUGCCCGUGGUGUACAAAAGGUCCUCCAAAAUUACAAGAAUCUUCAGGACAUUAUCGCCAUUUUGGGGAUGGACGAGCUUAGUGAAGAUGACAAACUCACUGUUGCCCGAGCUCGUAAAAUCCAAAGAUUCUUGAGCCAACCUUUCCAUGUUGCAGAAAUUUUCACUGGGGCGCCUGGAAAGUACGUCGAGUUGAAGGAGUGCGUCACUAGUUUUCAGGGAGUUUUGGAUGGGAAGUAUGAUGACCUUCCGGAGCAGUCAUUUUAUAUGCUUGGUGGAAUUGAAGAAGUGAUUGCGAAGGCUGAGAAAAUGGCUAAAGAGAACCCCCAGUAGAAGCCAAGGUUCAGAAGUUUGGCUUCCUAAUUAGCUGCGGCUUUGUAAUCUUCUUUUUUCUCUUUUACAUCUGACAUUUUUAAGGGCUUCGGCUGUAGGAUGGAUAGAAUGAACUAUAGUAAUCUUUUCUUCUGUUCUGUCAAAUUCCUCGCACGUAAAUAAGAGUAACAAACUUAUCGAUAAAAACAAAAAAUAAAUUUAAGUAACACACUAGUUUCUGUC